GUGUGUGUGUGUGUGUGUGUGUGUGUGUGUGUGUGUGUCUGACUCGCCCUUCUGACAGACCGGCCUAACAAGCUCAACUGGCUUGAGUUUGGUUUCCCUGUCUUAGGCGUCUUAUAGGCACAGGCUGUUCAGUUAAAUAUUUAGGCGUCCAUGCAGGUACUUAAUGCCUCCCGGGCCCAGGUCUUGUCAAAGUGUUGUUUGUGUGUUUGUUAGUUUGUUUUCUGCCUCUCCGUCUCAGAGGACUGCAGUGGGAGGCUGACACAUCGUCUACGGCCUCCGGUUGUGGACAAGCUCAGAGUGAAGGGAGUAAAAAGUUUAGAGAAGAGAGAGAAGAGAGAGAGAGAGAGUCUUGUUUUCUUUUCGUUUCUCUCUUUCUCUCUCUCUCUCUCAUUCCCAGUUUGCCAGGGCUUCGCAUGCAGGAGCACCAUCAUGUGUAUGACCUCUGCUGACCUCUGAGCAAACAACCAAAGAGGAAGGUGUGGGCUGAGCAAGAGAGACGGAGAGCAGGCACCCAUCUUCUCCUGGGUUUAUGGACUGGAGGUGGCAAUGUCUCCAGGAGAGGACGGUCUGAUUGGGAUCCCCUUCCCGGAGCACAGCAAUGAGCUCUUGUCCCACCUCAAUGACCAGAGGAGGACAGGACUCCUCUGUGACCUCACCCUGACCUCCCGCGGGGCGCGCUAUCCGACUCACCGCUCUGUCAUGGCCGCCGUCAGCCUAUACUUCCGCCGGCUGUUCGGGACAGAGGAGGGGGGCGGUGAGGGCGGAGGGGGUUUCAGUGUUUGCCAGCUGGACUGUGUGGCACCUGAUGCCCUGGAUGCCCUGCUGGAAUUUGCCUACACCGCCACCCUGACCAUCCCAAGCUCUGCGAUGAGGGAUGUGCUGCAGGGCGCUCAGCUUCUGGGCAUUCACUGUGUGGCUGAUGCCUGCAGAGACAUCCUGGGGGAGACAGCAGAGACAGAGGGGGAGACAGCAGAAGAACAGAGAGCACAACACACACAAGCCACUAAGAGGGUGGUGGACAGAGAGUGUGAUGUAGCGAUAGGGUCCCGAAGAAAAAACGACAGAAAGAAGGUGAAAAAACUUGGGAUGCGUCACAUCAAUCCCUCGGUUUUGCACCCGUCACCUGCUUCUCCCGUCUCACACCCUUCGCCUGCAUCCGUCAGCCUCCGCUCACUGCCGUCUACGCAGCCGCCCAGCCCUGAACAGGAGGAGCUCUGCCUCAAAUCUGGGCAAAACGGAGAUCCCAGGUCGAUCAGAGAGCCAGGGAGGGGUGUCACCGUAAACGGAGGGAAACUCCACUGGCUGCAUGAGCGCCCGCGUAUCGCCCACCCGCCUCCUGCCCCGCCCUCGAAUGAUAAGCUGUCAGAGAAUGAUGACAUGGAGGGUUUUGGUGAUGAUUGUAUGCUGAUGGGAACCACCUCCAUACCCCCCUCUGGAGCUGAGCAAGGAACGGCGACAUCAGCAGUGGGAGGGGGGAGGAAGAGGAAGUCUCAGACGCCCCAGCAGUGUCCUGUCUGUCAGAAGAUCAUCCAUGGAGCGGGAAAACUGCCUCGACACAUGAGGACACACACUGGAGAAAAACCCUUCCAGUGCUCUGCCUGUGGAGCCCGUUUCACUCGGAAUGAUAAGUUGAAGAUCCACAUGAGAAAACACACAGGCGAGCGCCCCUACCCUUGCCCCGACUGCCCUGCCAGGUUUCUACAUUCAUACGACCUCAAAAACCACCUGUCCCUGCACAGCGGGGCGCGACCCUUCGAGUGUCCGCACUGCCACAAGGCCUUUGCCCGAGAGGACCACCUCCAGCGUCACUGCAAGGGACACAGCUGCCUGGAGCUGCGCACACGCCGGCCCAGGCGUGGUCCUGAGCUCCUGGAGGAUGUGAAGGAUGGGAGAGAGGACGGAGGCAGGAGACAGCACCCCAACCCUCUGGAGGCUUUGUCCUCACAGGCCCACUCCUCUGUGUUUCACCCCCACACGGUCCUGGAUGGUGGGAGUGGGUCCAGUGCCGGCCCUCCACUGAUGUUUCCAGGUGAUGUCGAGAGGGGCCGCGCUCUCGCCCUACAAGCUCUGGCCCAACUCGGGCCUCACAGGCUGGCUGGCUACCCUGAGCUCUUCCUGCGAGGGCUGGAGCUGCGAGGGGGCAGAGAGACGGAGGUAGAAGAUCCAGGGGGAACCCAUUCACCAGCUGUGCUUCGUGAUCGAUGGGCAGAUGAAGUAGAAGAGGAAAUUGGAGAUGAGGAAGUGGAGGAAGAGGAAUAAUGAAAGAAGAAUGUGUGUGCGUGUCUGUGUGGUAAAGCAUCCACAGUAAAAACAAAACAAACAAAAAAAUUCUCAGGUGGCUGGACUAAUGACCUGCAGCUCCCAUAUACAGAGCGCUUUAAAAAAAACAGAAAUAAUAUUUAAAGAAAAAAAAUGGAAAACGGGUUUUCAGAGAUAUUUUAAAUGUUUGUCUUCUGGCUCUUGGCAUUUGAUUUCAUUUGUUGUUUAAAUUUUAUUUGUUGUUUGCGGUUUAAUUUGAUGUAUUUUAGGUUUGCGCUGUUUCUUUGUGAUUUUAUUUUAUUUUUCUAGCUGGACGUGUGUGUGUUGUGUGUGUGGUUACUGGGAUGCUUUUCACUAUGCAAACUAAAAGCCAGAGCUGCAACAUGGAGGAAUAUUUGAAGAUGUAUAUUUUAGUUACAACAUAAUGUAUUGAUUCAGGUGCAAUCCAGAUGUCAUAUCAAGUGGAUCACGAGAAUGAGCUUGUGUGCUCGCUGUCCUCUGGUGGUUAUCGGUGGAAAUGCAGUCUAAUUAAUCAAAAAUGUUCUGCACAUUACAAGCAAUAAUGUUCUUUGUAUCUUUUCUUCUAAGUGGUUGACUCUUUGCUUUGAUUUGGUCCUUAAACCAAAGAUUUUAUUUGAACCUUUUUUAUUUCUUAAAUCUAAAGUUAACAGUGAGUGGGGAGAAGUGAUUUGUGGCCAAUGUCGGGUUUGAUGAGAAAAUCCUUCCCAACUGUUUUUGAUCGCCAUCAGAAAGAAUCUGCUUCCAUGUUAGAGUGUUUCAGAGCGGUAGAGCUCUGUGUUAAAUGCCUGACCAAAAGAGACAAAGUUUGGAUGAAUGAGUUGAUGUUGAUUGAUAAUGAAGACAAUUCUACUUUUCCCAAAGGCUGUGGAUUUCAGUCUUCCAAUGCACUCGUUUCGGUUCCUUGUUUGGGGGGGAAAGGGGUAGAAGAGGGGCACGGUGAGGGGAUGAAUACGAUGGCUUUCCCCCAUUUCUUCUGUAUUUAUUUAUUUAUUAUUAUUUAUUAUGGCUCUUCUGCUGAAACUCUUACGUGAGACCAGAUCUAGAGUUGGAAACAGAUUCCUCAUCCAAGUCUUACAAGAAGCUGCAUUGUGCUAACAAUUUUGACUCAACAUCUUACACCUAAACGCCUUUUUUUACAGGCUGCGUGUCUUCUUUUGGCAAUUCUUCCUCGAUUGCAUUCUUUGCACAUUUAACCCUGUCAGGUACUGCAAUAACACAGGCACAUUCCACCCAGAGAGAAGGAAACAGAGCAAAUAAGAAGUAGGGGGGGGGGGGGGGUUCAAACCUUCAUUUUGUAACUGGGACACAAAAUUGACUUUCCUUGUUUGACAUUCUCAUCAUGCUGUUCUGUUGUUAAAUCAACAUGUAUAGUACUGUAUCAAAUUAUUGCUCGGCAGUUCUUCUAGAUCGGCCACCGCUGUGUCUAAAGGGGCCAUUAUCUUUUUGAGUUUAUCUAUCUUCGACCAAAAACCUUUUUAGUUUCAUCGUCUUUCUCCGGACCAGUACAUUAAGGCCUGUUGCAGGGUGUAAUGCAGCCGUUAAUGGCUUUAAAAGACAAGUAGUUGUCUUUUUUUAUUUCCAAUUCCCGUGAUACCCAUGUAGCCAGAGCCUGCUGUAGCAGUUGUGCCGGUCUGGCCUUGUGUGCACUCUCCGCCCCUCGCUGUUGUAGUAAACCAUUUUUUAUUUCCAGUUUAUUUGCACUAUGAGAUUUGAGAGCUUCAAGCCUUUUUGUCUGACCUUCUACUAGUCCAUUAACACACUCAAUACCAUUUAGAAUUGUGAUUGACGUAGACAAUAGGCCUACUUCUUUAAAAACCCACAUACAUUGAAUACUCUUCCUCCUGUAUAGUAGUUCAUGUCAAAUGUAAUAUAUAUUGGGAGCUGCCUUUGGUUUUUUUGUGCUGCAACUAUUCUCAGGAAAUCUUGAGCAAUGCACUAAGUGAUUAUACAAAAUAUAAAAUGGGAAGAAAUAGUUUGGUGCUGCAGGGUGACUGACACUCUUCAUGGAAGUGUAAGGCCAGGAGUUUCAAAAAUAAGAGAUUUUGUAGAUUUUGUAUUAGAUCAUUUAAUAUUCAAAAGAAAAAAAUAAAUCUAUUAUGAGGCAAAAGCAGACAAAUGAUCAUAAUGGCAGUGAACUACUGGCCUUACUGGAACCAGUCCAACUGGAAUGACGGUGUGGCCGUUGGUGAUGUUCAUGAAGGGUGUUGGUGCUCCCAGUCAGAGCUUUGUGAAUGAAUGAGAGUUAACUGAUGCCAGCUGUGAAGUGUGUGUUUCUGUGUGAGCUGUUUGUUUUCUUGGCUUCGGUGAAGGGACAUGGGGUCUGGUAUGAGCAGAGACCCCACUAUCAGGGAUAUAUUUUUCUCUUUCAGUUUUUAGUGGAACCUUCUCAGAGCUAUGAAUUCAUUUUCCCAAAGUUCAGUUCAUGUAAAGAAAAGAAAUAAAGAUAUCUAAGCUUGC